CUGCUAUUCUUCGACUCUUCUUUGAACAAAAAACACUUUGCAUAAAAAGAUGGUGCUUGUAUUGGCUAUAGGCGAUCUACAUAUACCUCACAGAAGUCAUGGACUUCCUUUGAAAUUCAAAAAGCUUUUGGUACCGGGCAAAAUUCAAAAGAUUCUAUGCACAGGCAAUAUGGUGGAUAAAGAAACGUUGGAUUAUUUGAGGACGAUUGCAGGCGAUAUUACAGUAGUGAAAGGCGACUUUGACGAGUCCAGUACUUUACCUCAGGCAAAAGUAAUUACCGAGGGUUCGUUACGUAUUGGUCUGAUUCAUGGCCAUCAAAUUAUCCCUUGGGGUGACGCGGAAUCAUUAGAUAUUACGGCUCGCCAAAUGGAAGUAGAUGUCUUGUUGUCAGGACAUACACACAAGUUUGAAGCAUAUCAAUAUAAUGGCAAGUUCUUUAUCAACCCUGGUAGUGCAACAGGAGCCUAUUCAUCUAUACCUGAUUCAAAUGAACCUACGCCAUCAUUCGUUUUAAUGGACAUUCAAGGCAAUAGUGUGAUUACCUAUGUUUAUAAACUCAUUGAUGAUGAAGUGAAAGUCGAAAAACUGGAUUAUAAAAAGCAGGAACACCUCAUGUCCUAAAUAUAUUGUAUUUGGUUAAUGUAUAAUGAGGCUCAAGUAAAAUAAUAAAAAUCAAGAAAAACAUUCGUAUAACAAUGAUGGGACGUAGAAUGAGAAAGCAGUAGAUAAAGAGAAAGAGGUACAGAAUGUAAGGCAAAUAUACUGAUCAGGCAGUAUAGAGGGGAAAAGAGAGGAGUAGUAGAGAGAACUAUCGCGCUAUUAUGACCCUUGUUAUCCGUC